CCUCACUCUGAAGGUGACAAUUCCUUGGAGCCUUCCUUGGUCUUCUUUGGGGUCCCUGGCUCCAGAGACCAUUCUUUCCAGCCCAGCUCUGCACCCUCUCACAGCCGCAGCAGCCACCUUGGAAUCUACGUGGAUCAUGUUUUCUGUGUUUGGACUCCCCAUCCCUAUAUCGGCCACAGAACUUCUCCUGGCCUCUGCCGUCUUCUGCCUGGUAUUCUGGGUGCUCAGGGCCUGGCGGCCUCGGGUCCCUCAAGGCCUGAAGAGUCCACCGGAGCCCUGGGGCUGGCCCCUGCUCGGGCAUGUGCUGACCUUGGGGAAGAACCCACACUUGGUUCUGUCACAGCUGAGCCAGCGCUAUGGGGACGUGCUGCAGAUCCGCAUUGGCUGCACACCCGUGCUGGUGCUCAGUGGCCUGGACACCAUCCGGCAGGCCCUGGUGCGGCAGGGCGAUGAUUUCAAGGGCCGGCCCGACCUCUACAGCUUCACCUUGAUCUCUGAUGGCCAGAGCAUGACCUUCAACCCAGACUCUGGACCGGUGUGGGCUGCCCGGCGACGCCUGGCCCAAAAUGCUCUGAAGAGUUUCUCCAUCGCCUCAGACCCGUCUUCCUCGUCCUCCUGCUACCUGGAAGAGCACGUGAGCAAGGAGGCUGAGGCCCUCCUGGGCAAGUUCCAGGAGCUGAUGGCAGGGCCUGGGCGCUUCGACCCCUUCAAGUAUGUAGUGGUGUCAGUGGCCAAUGUCAUCUGUGCCAUAUGCUUUGGCCGGCGCUAUGACCAUGACGAUAAAGAGUUUCUUAGCCUCAUCGACCUGAAUAAUGAGUUCGGGGAGAUAACUGCCUCCGGGAACCCAGCCGACUUCAUCCCUGUUCUCCGUUACCUGCCCAACACUGCCCUGGACCUCUUCAAGGACCUGAAUCGGAGGUUCCACGUCUUUGUACAGAAGAUAGUCACGGAACACUACAAAACGUUUGAGAAGGGUCACAUCCGGGACAUCACAGACAGCCUGAUUGAGCACUGCCAGGACAAGAGGCUGGACGAGAAUGCCAAUAUCCAGCUGUCGGAUGAGAAGAUCAUUAAUGUCGUCAUAGACCUCUUUGGAGCCGGGUUUGACACUGUCACAACUGCCAUCUCCUGGAGCCUCCUAUACCUGGUGACAAGCCCCAGGGUGCAAAAAAAGAUUCAGGAGGAGCUGGACACAGUGAUUGGCAGGGCACGGCGGCCCCGGCUCUCUGACAGACCCCAGCUGCCCUAUUUGGAGGCCUUCAUCCUGGAGACCUUCCGACACUCCUCCUUCGUCCCCUUCACCAUCCCCCACAGUACCACAAGAGACACUAGUCUGAAUGGCUUUUACAUCCCCAAGGGGCGCUGUGUCUUUGUGAACCAGUGGCAGAUCAACCAUGACCAGAAGCUAUGGGAGGAUCCAUCUGAGUUCCGGCCAGAACGGUUUCUCACUGCUGAUGGCACCAUCAACAAAGUACUGAGUGAGAAGGUGAUUAUUUUCGGCUUGGGCAAGCGGAAGUGCAUCGGUGAGACCAUUGCCCGCUUGGAGGUCUUUCUCUUCUUGGCCAUCCUGCUGCAUCAGGUGGAAUUCCGUGUGACCCCGGGUGUGAAGGUGGACAUGACCCCCCUGUAUGGGCUGACCAUGAAGUACGCCCGCUGUGAGCACUUUCAGGUGCACGUGCGCCCUUAGGGGACAGACAGCUCUGCCCCUGUCUGGGCAGCCAGGCCAGGGGCCUAACCCAGGGGAGCCUAAAACCCACAGACUUUGUCAGGCUGAUUUUUUGCUGUCUGAGCUAUGGGCAAGCCUGAGGGAUCAUACCUGCCCCCCACCCUGGACUUGUCCUUCUGCACACUGAUCACAGAUAGUGGACACAUCAGGGGCCACACAGGAGCUGAUGGAGCCCUUCUGAAGUUGUGCUGGAAGGGCUAGAGGGUCCUCAGGCCUCUGGAAACCUCCAAAGAGCUUUUGGGAAGCCCCUGGGCCCAGCCCACCAGCUGGUUGGCUUUUCAUGGAGGCUGACUGGCUUGAGAAACAUUCAGAGCAGGUCACACCAGGGCCUCACCAAUCUCUGACAAUUGGGAGCCGUCAAGACUGAAGGGGAGAGGCAGUCCAGAAUACUGACACGGAGGUGGGUCUCCCUGCUUAAACAAGGCUGAGCAAUCUGACCACUAGGGUCUGGGACACUGUGCCUGGGGGACAACCUUCCUCUCUGCAGGCAGGGGUGGGGCUGCCGCCUAGCCUUUCGAGGCCCCUGUUCCUGUCCAGGGAGGGCUGAGGACUUGUGUCUAACAGGAGCAGAGAGCAGAGGGAGGGCCCAAAUCCAGGCACCAGGACUGGAUCAGGAGGGCGGGGGUGGUAAUCGCAUCAUCUUCUACUGCAUCUCCUUUCAAUAUACCCUGUGUUAAAAAGUCUUUUAAAAAUGUUUGUAUACAAGGACCUUUUCAUUUUCGCCUGUAUUGUACUUGCAUGUUUGUAUUUGCCAUAUACGAGAGCUUAAGAGCAGCUUAUUGGGAGCCAUGAAGAAAAUUCUAACCCAGGUAUCCAGAAAUGUAUAGGAAAUAUCUAUCUACCCGAGCUAAAUAAAGAUAUUAUUCAGAAGUC